AUGAAUUCCUCCACAAGUAUUUCGUCAAUCAAUAAUAACAACACCCCGCACCAUAUACAGCAACACUCGCAAUCAAUAUCACCGAAUGAGAUAGAGUCAAAUGCAAAUCACAUGAGCAACGGGAAUUCAAAUAAGAAUAUUGAUAUAUCCGGAUAUGUUGAAACUUACCAUUCUCCACAUUCACCCCACUCCCCACAUUCACCAUCGCAUUAUUCGAAUGGCAUUGCCAGCCCAUCCAGCAGUAUAAGUAUAAAUAACGAGAAUUAUUGCAAUCCAAAUACUCCGGCAGUUGCAGCCAGCAACGGUAAUAUUCAGUUCAAGCAUUACACUGUUAGAAAUCCCCCAGGAAUUCAACAACAAUCUGAACUUGGAGAUCAUGACCGACACAAACAUCUCGAGGCUCUUGCUGCCCAUCCUGUUUUAGUCCACAGAAACAACACACAUUACCCAACUCCAAAUAAUACCCCUAUUCCACCGAACACAACCAACAGUAGCAAUGUCCCAGCCAGCAACAAUAAUAGUCCUUUGAGUAGUACCCAAAUGGGAGCAAAAGCUACUGGCGUGACUACGAAUAAAACUGCUCCUUCAAAUCAUGAUACCAGUAACAACUCGAGGAGAUCGUCACUUGCUGGUGCUAAAGAUUCCAAACUACAUCUCCAGAACGAUAAAUUUCCCGUCAGCAUUGCUAGAGACGCCAAUGGAUACCCGAUAUUAUCGAGAGAGUUUGUUGUUCGACGAAUCAGCGAAGGUGAAACAGGACGCUUGAAGGAAGAGCUCAAAUGUGAAGCAUGUGGAAAAGGAUAUAAGCAUAUCACUUCACUUGCGAAACAUCUGUGGGAACACACAGCUGAAUGGCAGAGCACGAAGAAGUUGUUAAUCAGCAAACAUCAACAGGCACAACUUCUUGAGGCAGCAAGCAUUCUAUGCAGUCUUGGAGAUAAGACGACGCUUUCAUCCAACGGUUCCUCAUCUUCCUCUCCUUUGAACAGCACCCCACCACUUACCGCAAACACAGCUACCAACGACCUCAAGUUUGAAGCCAACACCCACAGCAAAUUGUACCAACUGAAUCAUCACAACAUUCCCACGGCAAGAAGAAAGAGUAAGAGUGAGAACACAAAAGCCGGAAAAUUUGGUGGUAAAAGAAGAAGCAAGAGUUUUGCGUUGUCGUCGUCUUCCCUCCCGGCCAGUAUGACAAUAUCGAGUGGCAAUAGCAACGGUGCUAUUUCUAGCAGUCAUAAACAUCAUCAACGGGUGGUGAGCGGUAACGACCAUAUAAUACCCGACUUGGAAAAUAUCAAUAUGUCCACGAAGAACCCUGUCGCUGCUGAUACUCUAAGUUCCAAUGCCACCACCUGCACUAGAAACAACCAACCUUCAGGUCUGAGGUACGGGCCGUCGGGCCUCCUCAGCUCGGUCAGACGAGAGAGCGAAUCUGCACAACCUCCUAUCGGCUUGCGUAGGCCAAGCAUGCACCUCAGUCCUAGCAUGAGCGUUAGUGCCUCCCGCCGGGGGUCUCUACUCGGCAGCUUGAUCAAGGAGGAGUCCAACGACGCCGAGAACUCGCUUGUGAUCUACGACUCCGAGGAAGAAGACUGA